AUGAAAGUAACAAACACUAAAAUUAUAGCUUUUUCAUCGAUCAUAUUGUCGAUAACGUUAUUAUUUAGCAAUAUUAUGCAUUAUAUUUACGACAAUGAUAGUGCAAACGACUUGUUCUGCAUAAGUGAAGCAUGCGAUAAAUAUAGUGAAAAAGUUCUAAAAUUAAUGAAUAAUUCGGUUGAUCCAUGUGACAACUUUUAUCAAUAUGCAUGUGGAACAAUGAUUCGGGAUCAAAAUGAUUCCCAAAUACAUUUUUUUACAAAAGAUUUGCAAAACGGAGUUUAUGAUCAAGUCAGAUAUAUCCUUGAAAAUGGAUGGGAUAAAAGGAAAAAAAAGAAAAAUAGAAAAAUUGUUAAAUCUAAAUC